CGCUGAUCAUAUGCUAGGCUGUGUCGGCCAACGAGAAAGGCAAGGCACGCGCUACUUCGCCUGUCGAUACGAACACCGCACCUCCAGCCGAUGCGACUGCACUUGCGUCCCACCGAGCACUACUCGAUGCUGUUCUACCAUCGCUCAUAUGCCAGAUCUGUCUACUUCUCAUGAGCAAGCCUUUUGCCUUGGCACCGUGUGGUCAUGUUCUGUGCCACGGGUGUCUCGUCAACUGGUUCUCCAACGAACCUGCCGCCCCUCUGGGCCAGGCGGUCCAGCAAGCAGAACCACCGUCAGCGCAGGUUGAGGGCGACGAAGGAGAAAACAAUAAUGCAGAUGAUCCUCCUCUUGCCCCAGCACCGGCUCUUCCACCAGCAGAACGACGUCCCGCUCCCCUCAUUCGACGCAAGAAGACCUGCCCCCACUGCCGUGCUGUCGUCCGCGAAAAGCCUGUCGAAGUCUGGUCGGUUAAAGAUAUGGUCAACGCUGUCGUACGCAGUGGCCUUGCCGAUCCAGACUCUGUGCCAGAAUAUCUUCAAGGCGACACAGCAAACGACGCGACCACAAACCCGUGGAAAGACAUUUUCCCAGACGACACCCGCAGGCCGUUCGCCGAUGUCCUGAACGAGAGCAUGGGCCUACGUGACGACGAGGACGGCGGUAUCUACCGCUGCGUGGACUGCCACCACGAGAUCUGGGACGGCCUCUGCUCGUCGUGCGGGCGCUUCUACCCCGGCCACCGCAUCGAAUUCGACUCGGACAGUCAAGACGACGAGGACGGCCUCCAGCCGAUGUGGCUCGACUACAGUGACGAGGACGAAGAGGCGGACAUGGAUUUCCUGCGGCACAUCAUCGGAAGGAGACUCGAUGAUCUGCUGGAUGACGAAGCGCUUUCGGAGGGGAGCGACCACCGCGAGGACGGCAGAGGCCGCGGAAGCAGAGGCGGGUCGCACAGCAACGAAAGCAUUGGCCACGGCAGCGCCCACAGCGACGCCUCGAACGAUGAAGAGUACGAGGGCAGCUUCAUCGACGAUAGCGACGACGUGGCGAUCGCGAUCUCAGCUGUCCGCGACAUCGGCAGAUUGUACCGCGCUGGCGACGACGAACCGGUCGAGGUUUAUUCAGACGAGGAUGGCCGGCCGCCACCGGCUAGACGUGGGCGGCGGGUGAUUGACUCUGACGAAGAGAUCUCGUUGUCUGGUGGAGAUGAAGAGGAUGAUGACCUCGCGGCGGCGGUGGCUGCUCGCGAGAGGUGAGUCCUUCGAUUGCCUGCUGCCCUUCGUCCUCUUUGCUGAGUCUUUCUGCUCUAGAGAAAUGUACGGUGACGACGGAUCCCUGCCUUCUCGCCACUUCCCACAAACUGACUCGGACGAUGAAUUCGAUCGUGAAUACCACCAUUAUCCUGAAGAAGACGAGUAUUAGCAUGAGAGACCGUGGUUUAUAUGCUUGGACACUCUCCGUGCGAUAGACCACUAGAGGUUGCCUGUAGCGUACCACUGGGAUGAUUGGCUGAUACUGAAAGCAUUUGCUUCUCGGUGCAAGCAUUAUCUUCAAAUAUAUUGUGAGUGUUUCGGACAGAUCUACUAUAAUAUGAGUGCGCCAGUGCCUGGGACCGUACUCAAGGAGUCCAGCCGCGCUUGCGUACACACGAGGCCAAAAAUCUUUGAACUU